AUGCAAUUAUUGAAAAGCUAUCAAAAAAUUCCAUAAAUAAUAACAGAAUUCCAUUCUCCAAUAAUAGUGAAUAGUAUAAAAUUAAGAAAGGACUCGAAUUAUUCAUUUUAACAAUCAUAGUAAUAGACAGAAAAGGAGAGCAAGUAGAUAAAAAUUGAUCAGGAAAAUGUGGCAAGCAAAUUUAAAUAGAUAAACCCUUAAAGUAGUUUACCACAGAUUCCUCUAUCAGCUAUGAAUACAUAAACCAAAUUAAACGAUUUAACUAGAAGCAGCAAUUUUGUUUAAUCACCCAAAAAUAGUGAUACUAAAAGAUCGUUAGUGAGAUCAUAAUUUAAAACGAACAGCAAUAAUCAUAAAAAUAAUCUGGUAAACAAUUCCACAACUACAGGAAGCAGCAAAGAUUCAAGUCAGAAUUAAAGCAGUUAACAGUACUAAAUUUAUGCAAAAAAUAUUAUUUACUCGUAUUGUGGAAAACCAAGAAAAAGAAAAGUGAAUGUUUCAGCCAAAAGUUUUAUUGUUUAUGAUUGCCUUGAGAAUAGGAUAGUUUCUUAAAGAAAGUGCAACAAGAGGAUGGAAAUUGCUAGUUUAACCAAGAUUAUGACAUUCUACAUAACAAUGGUUAUCUUAGAACAAUUGAAUCUCAAAUCCUAAGAUAUCAAAGUUAAAGUUACUAAAAAGGCCUCGGAAACCAUAGGAACAACAGCUGAAUUGAAAUACAAUGACAUUUUGACUAUUCAGGAUCUAUUAUAUGGUUUGAUGUUGCCUUCAGGAAAUGAUGCUGCAACUCUAAUUGCACAAGCCAUUGGGACGAUAAUGUAAGUUUAUAUACUCAACAAUUAGAUUGUUUUAUGAAGCAGACAAGCGAUUGGAUUCUAAAUUGAUAGAUAUUGAGUAGAUGAGUGCUGAAGGUCAUUAUUACAAUGUAGAGUUGAAGAGUCAUCAAUGUCCAAUUGAAAUAUUCAUUAGUAAGAUGAAUCAUUAUUCAAAUUUGAUGGGACAAUAAAAUACUCAAUUCGCUUGUGUGCAUGGAUUGGCCAAUGAAGAUAAUGUAUGUAAUUAUCUUAUAUUAGUAUUCCAGUUGUCAUGACAUUGUAUUAUUAUCAUUAGAGUGUAUGAAAUAUGAUACUUUUCAAUAAGUCAUUUCAUGUAAGGAGUACAUUUCGAAACCUCUCUACAAUUAAAAAAGUUAUGAAUGGAAAAACACCAAUAAAUUAUUAGACAAAGGGUUUUUUGGCAUUAAAACUGGAGUUACUGAUUCUGCUGGUCCUUGUCUAGCAAGUGCUUAUCGAUCUAAUGAAAUGGAAUAUUACAUUAUUGUUGUGUUGAGUUGUAAGAAUUUGCAACUCAGAUUUGAUGAAACUAUUUCAUUGUUAUAACAUGCAAAAUACAAAAAGUCUUUGA